UAAUCAAAUCAACCAAAACCAAACUUAGCCAAACCAAGCAGAUACAAAAUAUUGUCCUGCUUUUUGUUUGGGAUGGAGUAAUCAGCCGUCAAUAAACGACCUUAGCGACCGACUAUCUGCCAACUUGACUGAAUAAGCAAAUUCAAUUAUUAUAAUUUAUACAGUGUCGAAAAACUACGUCAAAAUAGGGACACAGAAUAUUACACGUAGUGUCGAGCAGACGGCAACCAUAAAGCGGAAAUAAUGAACAACAAACAAAUUCCGAGUUGAGUCCAAUUAAAUUCCAUACUUUAACAUGGAGAAUCUCUGCCGUGUUUGUUUAAAAGAAGGAGCCAAUAUAUCAAUAUUUGAUAGCAAAGACGAAAACAGUGUAUAUACUAAACUCUCUUUAUGUGUUAGGGAAAAGGCGAAGGACCUUGAAGGAUAUCCCCGCAAUAUAUGCAUAGUAUGUUACAGCACCUUAGAGUCUGUCUGUGCUUUUAUCAAAAAAUACAAGGAGUCACACAAGGUUCUAGAAAGUGGGCUAAUCCCAAUAAAACAUGAGCCCUGUGAGGACAACAAUACUUAUAAUGACAUCAACAAUGACCAAUCAGAUAUUGAAAUAGAAGUAUGUGCACUUAAAACCGAACCCCAAGAUACUAAUGAUGUUUUAGGGGAACCACUGAAGUUGAAAAUUGACAAAUUAAAACAUUUAUCCAUUAAGAGAGUUAUAAAAAAAGAAGAAGAUUCUAAUCCAGAAAAUGAGUGUGUGGAUCUUACUGAAGAGCCUGCCACAAAAAAGAAGACAAAAAGCACCAAAACAGAAACAAGACUAUCAUUGAAAGAAUAUAAGCAAAUGACAUUAAAACAGAGAAAACUAAAGCUAAUGAAAAGACAGAAAGAGAUUGAAGAAAGAAGAAAAAAUAAAAGUAAACAGAAUGAUAAAGAUUCGGAUCCCGCAAAACCUGAUGAACCAAAACCACCAAAACUGUGUGAUAUUUGUGGUGACACAUUUCCGACUUCAGACAAACUGUCAUAUCAUAAACAGAAAAAACAUGUAGAUGUCCCUGUCCAAUGUCCAACAUGUAAUCGCACAUGUGUUAGCACAUAUUACCUCAACAGGCAUAUUAAGAGAAAGCAUAGUGGAAAGAAAGACUUUUUCUGUCAAAUCUGUGGUACAGGAUUUGCUUUCAAAGGAGAGCUGACAAGUCACUACAAAUCGGUGCAUGUGAAGAAGACAGGACCACCGAGGACUUGGGCAUGCAAACAUUGUGGGAAGACCUACAAGUGUCCAAAGUCAGUGCUUGUGCAUGAAAGAUCAGUUCAUACAGGCGAGCGUCCAGCAGUCUGCGAAAUCUGCAACACUAGUUUCACCCACCACGACUACCUGAAAGAGCACAUGCGUUUGCACACGGGCGAGACCCCAUUCAAGUGUCCCAUAUGCGGUCGCGGCUACGCGCAGCGGUGUAAUAUGAAGAGCCAUCUCCGCAUUCAUAAGGUGUCAGAGUUGAACCCUGAGGAGCUUAGCAAGCUUAGACCUAACUAUAUAAGGAGGUUAAAGGUAUGAUAAUUUGUAAAGAGGUAGGGAAUGAAGCAAAUAGGGUAUUCCGGAAGUCUCGGGCACGUGACGCUAUUUUUUUUAACAAUUCUCAUGAAGCGAAGAAGCCGAUAUUUGGCAUGAUAUUGUUUGGUAACUUAGCUUUAAAUUCAAUAAGUUCAAGUAUUUUAAUACUGUUCAUACAGGUGAGUAUAUAAUACAGCAAUCAGUCAGCGCCUGGCGCGGCGAUGGUGGCAAGUGGACGUAAGAAAGAACUUUGUGCCUUGUGCCCUUGGUUGUGUUGUUAUUGUUUAAAUGUUUUUAUCUACACACAUAUCAUAAACCCUCUAUGAUGCCUUCAAAAUCCGUGAAUUAUGGCCACCAUUACGAUAAACUGUUUUGUUACAACAAAUUUAUUAUUUCUGAUAAUGUAGUUAUAGCCAAAGAGCAUAUAAUCACUACGUUAUAGCUUCAUAACUACAUCAAAAUCGAUUUGGUUAUGCAUUCAAAUUUGGAAUAUCUCUGAAAAAAAAGCAAUUCGAUUUGACCUCUAUUCUAAUAUCAGUCGAGAUGCCUUUUUGUUCGAAAAGAAAUGUCAAUUGCAUACAAUUUUGACAUAUGUCGCAUGUUAGUUUGUAUCGAAUGAUACGGAAAUAGGCCCCCGACUCUAGUUUGUCUCUGAAUUUAAAAAACCGACUACAUACGUGAAAAAAGUUCUCAUUUACCGCCAUUUGACGUACAGUUUAUAUUUUAAUUAGUUUUAAGUAUUAAAUGAAGUAUGUUUUGUUGUUUUUAAGGUAACUAUAGCAAAAGUUUCGUGUAAAAUAAGCGAUAAAAAUAUUUCGGUGACGCCACCAUAUAUCCGUGAGUUUCGCCAUGCCUGUAAUUUGGGUUAGUGAAUAUUUCAUAGAAAGUUUAUAAUAUGUGUGUAGAUAAUAGUACAUUACGAUACAAGUGCGAAAAAUAGGAAAUUCGUAAUGAGUGGCGAUAAAUUAAAACACGACCGAAGGGAGUGUUUUAAAUCGACAUGAACAAAUGAAACAUGACAUGAAUCGAAAUGAAGUACAUGAGGCCCUUUAAAUGUUCGACACAGUAACGUAAUAUGCUAAUUAUCGAACUAGUGCGGUAAAGUAGCACCAUAUGUACUGUAAAAUAGUGUAUGUAACUGUACAUAAUUAGGCAUUAAAACACUCGUGUGAGCUUUUUAAGAAACUCAUUUCGUUCGUUUCUUAAAUCCACACUCGUGUAUUUUAAUGCCUUUUAUUAUGUAUUAUGUAGCAGUCACAUAAACUACUAUUAUUAUUAUUACAAUGUGUGGAGGGAUUAUUUCAGUGGCAAGUGUUUACUAGUUUAUGUGUUGUCGUCGGUGACAUUUAUGUAUGAAUGUAAAUUGGAUUUUGCAAAAACAUGCAAUGGUACUCCGACAGUAGAAAAGAUUGAAAUUUUUGGCGAACUAGCGGAGUUUCCCAUCAGUGUCAUAAUUGGUUUUGAUCACGAUUUCGAUGAACCUCUUGUAAAAAAGAAAUCGUGUCAGAGGAAACUCAAGAAACCGUUGAGUCUACUUUUUUCCCAUUUUGGAAACGAAAGCAGCAAUCCAAGCAGUAACGCCUGAUCCUUGUUUAUUUAUUUAGUGAGAAACAGUGCAACGAUUUCAACGUACCGUACAAAAAGUUCUAGACGCUCCUCAACACGAUAAGCUUAACUACAUAUUAUUAAAUAGUGCUACAUCUAGAAAACGAAAGACAGAAAAUUUUGCAAAUGUACAGACCAAAGCAAUUGAAAACUUAACGUGAUAAUACGGAUGAAAAUAACUGUGACAACUUGACAAGGAAAAGUAAAAAAUUCUCACAAGUCAAACCAAAAGUGAUAAUAUGUAUUCAAUCUGAUCAAAACACCCGCGUGAAUCCCAUGAACGUGAAUUGCAAAUAAAGAUUUAUGAAUAUAGCACUGUUGCGACCACUGUAAUAGAGAGUCCGAGCAAAAAAGAGGCUACCGAUAAGCAAUCUGAUCUAUCUUCAUACUUAGACGAAUUCUGAAGUGAUAAUACAGAUUUCUGCAGGAUAUUGAUAACUGCCACGGCGCGUCACGUUCCCAACAAAAUAGACCUUUUUCUGGAAUACCCCCAAGGGUCUAAUUGUUUGAGCUUUGUUGCCGAAUUUCAUUCGAAUUCCUCACAGCAUAUUUUUAAUUGAAUGUAUGUAUAUACCUACAUAUUUUGAAAAUAAAGAGCUUUAGUUAGUCUUUGAAAUUAAAAAGUCGUGUUCUGUUACAAGCAUUGAAUUAUUAUUACUACAUAUACAACCGGCACAAAGAACCUGGACUAUAACCGCAAAAAUCGAAAUUCGUCGAUUGCGGGCAUUUUUCGCUGUCACUCUAAUUACGUCUUAGUGAGAGUUAAAGAGAAAGAUCCCGCAAUUUUGUGAAUCUUGAUUUUCGCGGUAAGCCUCCAGUAUUUUGCGCCAUGAGUCAUUGUUUUGACAACAAACCACACAAGCGGAGCGUGAAUCUUGCGCCCUAAACGCGUAAGCGCCAUGAAUUUUACGGCGCUUACGUUUUGGUCGCGUGGUACAGGUUGCGAUUGAGACAAUUUCAUUGUUAUGGCGUCUCUAUAGUAAUAAUAAGGCAAUGUUAUGUUAUGUCAUUCAAUUGCAAAGUAACUUGUUGUAUGCACUGACUGCAAUAUGCGAUAGUUGGUUACCUAUAAGUUUGCAUGGUUUUUACAAUUUUCUACGUUGUCAUAAACAUCAUUGUCAAAAUAAUUGUGUUUGCAAGAAUUAUGCUAUUGGGCAGAAUAUUUUAAAUAUCAACUUUGUGCUAUUAGUGUUAAGGUUGAUAAUCAAAUGUCAGUCACAAACAAGAUAUACCCGUUAAGUGGUCGAAAAUUGUUGAAGUGUCUUCAGUGAACACAUAUUCAAUUACAUUCAUAACCGGGUCUAUAAGCCAAUUUAUUUUAUUACCUUUGAUGAAUUUUAAUUUAUUUAAUGAAUGAAUUAUGAAUUUAUUUAUUUGUAAUUUAAUAUCUGUUCAAAAUGCCAAAGGUUUAAAUGUUAUAUGUCUUGAGUGAAGCCAUUUAAAUACGCACGUGGGACGUUAUCAUUAAGGCAUUUUAAAAAGGGCAUAUAACCUAAAAUUACUGUCUUUUUCUAUCAAAUAUGGUCGUUAUAUAGCUGUAUAACUACUUUUACACUUUUGUCUAUCUGCACCUGUUACCAGCGGAGCAAGUAUGAAGUGAUAGGAAGACUUUAGUGACUAGUUGUCUGUCUUCUGAAUCUCGUGCGUUUCUCGCGCGCGACCGAAGCUACUGUCACUUGUGCUGGCCCAUGAUUUUAGUUCACAAACAAGGCUCAGUUUUGAAAGUUGUUAUUAAUUAGAUAAUUAAUGUAUAAACAAAAAGUUAGAGAUGGGGUGAUUGAUAAAACUUAUCGUUUGUUUAUGACUAAUUAAUUACAGGUUAAUGGUCCAAAAAUAUAUUGACAAAUAGUUUUUACUGCGGCAUAAUUUUAAUAAUUUUAACGAACUUUUGUGUAUCACAACUAAAGGAGAAUAUUUUGAAUAUAACAUGUUUUGUUUUAGUUAAAUGAUUGUAGUUUUAAAUAUAAAUCACAUUUUUUAAAGGACGUGCGAGUAGGUAACUUAAAUAUUACUUUAAAAAAUAUUUGUCAAUGUAUUUUCUUGUUUAUAAAUAUGGAGACAUUUUGUAAGAAAGUAAAUUUAGUUAUUAUGUGUUAUUCCUAUAAUGCACUUAUUUUUAGUUCUUAUAAACCCCAUAAUUGGCCAAUUACUCUUAACGGCGGUCUUAUUUGAUGCCGAUUCGCCCGCCGUUCCGAUGUGCGAGAGAAACAUCACUCACUAUAUACGUGCAUGGUGCUUUCUCGCUCACACACUGAGUGUGAUAGCUUCGUACAACGCAAGGAAUGGAUAGUCCACUGUAAAUGUUUACAGUAAGGUAAAUGUGGAUAAGACCGUCUACGGGAAGAUCAUUUACAAGUCUUUCGUCGCUUCUAACUCUUGCCCUUAUACACAUAAUCUACUUCCAGGUCGGUAGCCUAUAAUGAAGCAAGGUCUUAUUUUAUGACUGUCUGAAGCGCAAACAAAGUACAAGCAGCUAACACUCUUCAACUAUCCAUUGGUGGACCUUAUGCCUUUUGUAAUAAGUAAUUAAAAGUGUGGGUGUACGUAGGUAUACACAUAAGAGAUAAGAGAGUUCGAUGGAUGACUAGGGUUUGCAAGCCGGAUCCGAAGUGUACCUAUAAAAUUAUACGUGCAUCUUCCCAUACGUUUCGGAUCCGUCGUGCACACGCUACGUAUGACGGUCUUCCCAACCAAAAAGUUUAUCUGCCAGUUUUUGCCACAUUUACCUUAAUAUAUGAUAUUGAUAAUAAAAAUUAACACUAGUAAAAAAGAAUAGAAGGGAUUGUAAAAGCAAUAUUAAUUAGUUAUUCCUUCAAAUGCGCAAGAUUUGUCUAAAAAUAUCAAUUGUUAUUGUUUUUGGACAAUUAUGUUAAUUCUAUUAUAGUGUUUAAUAUAUGUGCAAUUUACUGUGUUAAUAUUAAUUGUAAUAUGAUGUGAAUAAAAAAGGAUACACAUUUUUAUCAAA